UUUGUUUUUCUGUCUGUCUGUCUCUCUCUCUCUCUCAAAAGUAGGAGCAUCUGAGAAUUCCUUCUUGCUUUCCAUUUCCGUUGUUUUGUGUAGGGUUGGAGAAGUGGGGGCGGCGGCGGAAAGAACAAUGGUGAGGGGAAAGACGGAGAUGAGGAGGAUAGAGAACGCGACGAGCCGCCAGGUGACUUUCUCGAAGAGGAGGAGUGGUCUUCUCAAGAAGGCCUUCGAGCUCUCCGUGCUUUGCGAUGCCGAGGUCGCCCUCAUCGUCUUCUCUCCCCGUGGCAAACUCUAUGAGUUCGCAAGCUCCAACAUGCAAAAGACUAUUGAUCGUUAUAGAGUUCAUGGAAAAGAUGAAAGCGCUAGAGGAAUUAUGGAACAAAACCUUCAGCAAUGGAGAGAUGAAACCGCAGCCAUAGCAAAGAACCUUGAAGUUGUUGAGGCUUCCAAAAGAAAGCUAUUGGGUGAGAAUCUGGAAUCUUGUUCAAUCCAAGAGCUACAUGAACUUGAAUUUCAGCUUGAACGAAGCUUAUGCAACAUUAGAGGCAGAAGGAAUUCCCUGAUAACUGACCAGAUUGAGAAGCUCAAGGAAAAGGAGAGGAUGCUGCUGGAAGUGAAUGAAUUACUUCGACAAAAGUUUGAGGCACAACCUCAACUGCUUCUUUCUUCUGCUUCAAGAGAUACUCCCUCAGAAGAACAGUCCCCUAACUAUAUUGAUGUAGAAACAGAGCUAUACAUUGGCAGGCCAGGAGAUGCAAAGACUGUUAACUUACAAAGGUGAUCAAAUGCCAUUGGAGUACAAAUUCUUAUUGUAUACAAUUUCAGGCAAAUAAGUGGUGAUCAUGUGCAUAGAUAUAUAUUGAUAAGAACUGUAUUCUGCAGUGAAGUAUAUUAUAUAUUGUCUAGUCUUUGAAAUGAAUUUUCCUUAAAAGAUAAUAUAGAAUAUAAUGUUUAAUUAAAAUCUGUUUUUCUUUUUUCUUUUUCA